AUGUCAUCAUCAUCAUCAUACAUAUUAUUUUUAAACACUCUCGGAAAUCAAAUAGUUAUCUAUUUGGGUAUAUUUGUAGUAGUCGCAGGUAUUCUGGGCGAAUCUUUGAAUAUUAUCGUAUUUCUUAGCCUGCGAACAUUUCGACAGAAUUCGUGUGCAUUUUAUUUAACUAUUAUGUCCACGGUCAAUAUCUGUCAACUAUUAUCUAGUUUAUUCAAUCGCAUCAUCCCCAUGAAACUCGAUAUUGAUUGGUCAAAGACAUCUGCAUUCUAUUGUAAAUUUCGUUUCUAUCUUUAUCAAGUCAGUGCAAUGACAUCAUUGACUUUAACGAGCGUUACUGAUUCUGAUUCCCAAGGUCUUUCCAUGUGUAAUGAUAAUGAUACUAUUGCUCAAUGUCCUAUAGAAUCUGAUAUUUCUAUUAUGAACAAUGAUGAAAAUAUUCCAAAUUUAUCUUCUACUACGUCUACUCCUGGACAUAAAAAAUUUCAAAUUCUCUCGUACCAGACCGAAGCUUUUCACAUGCAUUUACUUUUCAUGACUGUUCUUUUGGCGCUUAAUGGUGCUAACGCAUUUGUUAACAAGCAAAAAGAACUCCGAGUUACAGCUUUCUCAUGGCAAAACUGCGGACCAAGUAGCGAUCCCGUUCAAGCUAAAUCACUUUCAGUCAGUCCAGAUCCAAUUUUAGUACCUGGCAAUCUGACUCUCGGUCUCACUGUUAAUGUUGCAUCGACAAUUACAAACGAUACUUAUGCUGCAGUGAUCGUGGAACGAAAAGUGGGCGCCAUCUUUGUUAAAGUUCCAUGUGUUGAUAACCUUGGCUCCUGCACUUAUGAAGAUGCCUGCAAAGAUUGGGCUUCAGCUUGUCCGAAAUACUUUGAAAAGUAUGGUAUUCCUUGCAGCUGCCCAAUUCCUCCUAAGACUUAUACCAUAUCCGAUGCUGUUAUCGACAUCAACGGACAUUUACCAUCUGGAGGUGGCGGUGAAUAUCGAAUAACUGCCAAUCUUGGUUCGAGUAAAGGUCAUCUUGGUUGUAUUAAAGUUCAAAUUACUCUUAAAAAGGAUUAA